UACUACUGCUCAGAGGGAAUCUCUCUGCAGUGGAACCAGAAAGGCCUUGAAGUAAAACGACUAAGAAUUGCGAGCAAAGAAAGAGGAGGGUGGAGAAAGAGAAGGGAUUGAACUGAGAAGUAAGGUGGGCUCUGAAUGGGAUGGUCCCCAUUCUGCAAUUGCAAUAUGCUGCUUGGAAGGUUAUGUUGAGGAAGUAAAAGAAAGGACAGAAUAGAAACUGCCCUUUUGGAGGGUCUUCCAUCCAUCUUUUCUUUUCCCAUUUUGGCUGUUUAAUGGGGAUUGGGUUCCUUGUGGGAUUUGCUGGUCUUUGGAAUUUGUGGGUGAUGGCCUAAAGUUUGGUGCUUGGAGGUCAGGAACUUUUGUUUCCCUGGGUUCUUGGUUUUCUUGGGCUUUGUGGCUUGUGGAGCAUCUCUGGUUUUAGAGGUUUUGGUGGGGGUGGGGGUGGUGGUGGUGGAUUUGGCACUGGCUUCUGGGGGUUUGGCGGGUGGGAGAAGGUCUGUUUUUUCCUUUUUGUUGGGUAUAUGCCCUAGAAUUGGUUCUGGGCUUAGAUUGGUGGCUUGGUAAUGUUUCGGUGGUUCGGAUGCGGAAGGUCUUGCUUGGAAUGGCUUAAAGUUUGGAUUUUGGGGGUGGGAUAGGGCUGAGAUUACUGGUUUCUGGUCUGUGAUUGGGGUUUCGUGGGGGUGAUUCAUUAAACUGCAACCUUUGAUGUCUUUUUUUUUUUUUCUUUUUUUGAUGGAAUGCAACCUUUGAUGUCUUUUGAGGUUUUACUGAUAUUUCAACUGGUUUUUGGUUUCUGAAGUUGUUGUUAGGCUGAAACUUCCUGGGUUUUGCUCGAAUUUGGAUUUGUAGUUGGUUUCAGCUUGGUGGUGAUGCUUUUGGGAAUCCAGUUGCAAGAAUUUUGGAUUUGAAACAAAGAUUCUCUCUCAAAAGUUGUUUGUCAAAGCUUGGAGUCUUAACUCACUCUGUGCUUCACUGAGGUAUAUUAGUUUCACAGAGAAGAGUUGACGCCCCUGAUUCAGGAGUGUAUUCAGAGGUUGGUAUCAUGGAUCUGUGGUCCUCCAGGCUUGUGUAACAUGCUUGUAGAGUAGUGUUCUUUUGGAGGUUCUCUAGGGUUGCUUAGGCGCGGCUAGGUUCUCUUUUAGGUUCUCUGCCCUGUUCUUUCCUUCUAAGGUUUCAUAGAACAUGGCUUGUAUGAAGCUGGGGUCAAAAACUGAUGCUUUCCGAAGGCAAGGACAAGCCUGGUUCUGCACAACUGGACUUCCCAGUGAUGUUACUGUUGAAGUUGGAGAUAUGUCGUUCCAUCUUCACAAGUUCCCUCUACUAUCCAAGAGUGGUCUUUUGGAAAAAUUAAUUGAGGAGAAAUCUGACGAUGAAGAGGGCUGUGUCAUACAGCUACAUGAUUUUCCUGGCGGUGCAAAAGCAUUUGAGCUUGUUGUUAAGUUUUGCUAUGGUGUGAAGUUAGAACUUGCUGCCUCAAAUGUUGUGUACCUACGCUGCGCUGCCGAGCAUCUUCAAAUGACAGAAGAAAUUGCAGAGGGCAACUUGAUUGCUCAGACUGAAACCUUCCUUAACCAAGCAGUACUCCGUAACUGGAAAGAUUCAUUAAAAGCACUCCAAACAUGUGAUGAUCUUCUCCCACAUGCUGAAAAUCUUCAUAUUGUAAGGAGAUGCAUUGAGUCAUUAGCUGUUAAGGCAUGCACAGAUCCAAAUCUAUUUGGCUGGCCAAUGAUGGAGUAUGGAAUCAUGCAAAGCCCUGGUGGGAGUGUCCUGUGGAAUGGGAUAAGCACAGGAGCCAGACCUAGACAAUGUAGUUCAGAUUGGUGGUAUGAUGAUGUCUCAUCUUUGAGUCUACCCAUUUAUAAGAGGCUGAUCUCAGUCAUGGAAUCUCGAGGCAUCAGACGGGAGAUAAUUGCUGGAUCAUUGACUUAUUAUGCCAAAAGGUAUCUUCCUGGACUGAAUAGACGUCAUAGUCUGGGAACUGUAGCUUUGACAGCUGCACCAUCUGAAGAAGAACAGAGACAUCUACUCGAAGAGAUUGAUCGCUUGUUGCCUCAUCAGAAGGGUGUGACAUCAACUAAAGUUUUGUUUGGGCUUCUUCGCACUGCCAUGAUUCUGCGAGCCAGCCCAUCAUGCAUUUCUAACCUGGAGAAAAGAAUAGGAAUGCAGCUAGACCAGGCCACCUUGGAAGAUCUACUUCUGCCGAACUUCUCAUACUCCAUGGAAACACUGUAUAACGUGGACUGUGUCCAGAGAAUUCUUGAACACUUCUUAGCCAUGGAUCAGGCAACUGGUGGGGCCUCUCCUGGUUUGGUUGAUGAUGAGCAGCUGACAGGCUCGCCUUCUUUGACACGAAUAACUACUGUUGCCAAGCUAAUUGAUGGGUACCUGGCAGAGGUUGCACCUGAUAUCAACUUAAAGCUGCCAAAGUUUCAAUAUUUGGCUGCUGCAGUACCUGAUUAUGCCCGACCACUGGAUGAUGGACUAUAUCGUGCUAUUGACAUAUAUUUGAAGGCACACCUAUGGCUAACGGAGUCUGAGAGGGAACAACUGUGCCGGCUGAUGGACUGCCAGAAGCUCUCCCUGGAAGCCUGCACUCAUGCUGCACAGAAUGAACGGCUCCCACUCCGAGUGGUGGUUCAAGUCCUCUUUUUUGAGCAGCUUCAAUUGAGGACCUCAAUUGCCGGAUGCUUACUUGUCUCUGACAACCUUGAUGGGUCACGGCCCCUGAGGAGUGGCCUUGCAGGCUCAGGUGAGGGAGGUGGAUGGGCUACAGCUGUUAGGGAGAACCAAGUCUUGAAAGUGGGCAUGGACCACAUGAGGAUGAGGGUAUCUGAGCUUGAGAAGGAGUGCUCAAGCAUGAAGCAAGAGAUCGAGAAGUUAGGCCGUGCGAGGAGCGGAUGGGGCGGUGUCCCGAGAAAGUUUGGAUUUAAGAUGAAGUCCCAGAUGUGCAGUGCUCAAGAGGGUUCUGUGAGUGAACAGCAGAAGACUGGGAACAGGAAGAUUGAGAAGCUGCAGGUAAGACUUAUCAAGCACAAGAAACAGGUGUCUACAGAUAUGUGAACUCUCUCUCCUGAUCAGCACCACAUGACUGUGAUAUUAGUUUUCUGUCAUUUUUUGAUUCAAAUGCUUUCUGUUUUAGAUUCACACUAUUUGUCUAGUAAGAUGUGAAUGCAUGGUCCUCGAUUUUCCUUCAUGUUUCUUGAAAGUUGUAACAUAAUGCUAGAACUGCAGGUUGGAAAACAUUCCGUCUUUGCCAAAAAAUUGUUUUUGAGUCCUUGUCAUAUAAUUUUCUUCUGUAAUGCCACAUUAACUAUUGAUAUUGCUGAAAAACCCAAAAUAUUCUUUUUGUAGCUU